AUGCCUCAGAACGAGUACAUCGAGCGCUGGCAGAAGCAGCACGGGAAGCGUCUCGACCAUGAGGAGCGCACCCGGAAGCGCGAGGCCCGCGAAUUCCACAAACAGUCGCAGGACUCGCAGAAACUGCGCGGGCUGAGGGCCAAGCUGUACCACCAGAAGCGGCAUGCGGAGAAGAUCCAGAUGAAGAAGCGCAUCAAGGCGCAGGAGGAGAAGAACGUCAAGUCAGCGGCGCCGUCGGAAGAGCCGUCCAAGAACCCGCUGCCCAACUACCUGCUGGACCGGUCGCAGGCGACCAACGCCAAGGCCCUGUCCAGCGCCAUCAAGGACAAGCGGGCGGAGAAGGCGGCCAAGUUCUCGGUGCCGCUGCCCAAGGUGCGCGGCAUCAGCGAGGAGGAGAUGUUCAAGGUGGUCAAGACGGGCAAGAAGACGUCGAAGAAGUCGUGGAAGCGCAUGAUCACGAAACCGACCUUCGUCGGCAACGACUUCACGCGCCGGCCCGUCAAGUACGAGCGCUUCAUCCGGCCCAUGGGUCUGCGGUACAAGAAGGCCAACGUGACGCAUCCGCAGUUGGGCGUCACCGUCCAGCUGCCCAUCAUCUCCGUCAAGAAGAACCCGCAGAGCCCUCUGUACACGCAACUGGGCGUUCUGACCAAGGGCACGAUCAUCGAGGUGAACGUGUCGGAACUGGGCAUGGUCACGGCAAGCGGCAAGGUGGUGUGGGGGAAAUGGGCGCAGAUUACAAACAACCCCGAGAACGACGGCUGCGUGAAUGCGUGA